GUUGUGGGUGGAACAACCGCCUUCCCGCUCCCUCUCCCGCAGCACCCAGCGAGCCGCUUCCGGGCAGUGGGGCGGGGGGAGACGCGGGGCUGGAGGUGUUCGGCGGCCGCGAAUUUGUGAAGAUGUCAGCAAACAUACCAUUAAAUAUUAAUAUCAAGGAGCCCCGAUGGGAUCAAAGCACUUUUGUUGGACGAGCCAGUCACUUCUUUACUGUAACAGACCCCCGGAAUAUUUUGUUAUCUGAUGCACAACUGGAAAAUGCAAGAAAAAUUGUGCAGGAUUACAGGCAAGGUAUCGUGGCACCUGGCUUGACAGAAGAUGACUUGUGGAGAGCCAAAUAUAUCUAUGAUUCAGCCUUUCACCCAGAUACUGGUGAAAAGAUGGUCCUGAUAGGCCGAAUGUCAGCUCAGGUACCCAUGAACAUGACUAUCACAGGUUGUAUGAUGACCUUUUAUAGAACAACACCAGCCGUGCUUUUCUGGCAGUGGAUCAACCAGUCCUUCAAUGCUAUAGUGAAUUACACAAACAGGAGUGGUGAUGCCCCUAUUACUGUCAGCCAGCUGGGAACAGCCUAUGUUUCUGCAACAACAGGUGCUGUUGCAACAGCAUUAGGACUUAAUGCACUAGCAAAGCGCGUCUCACCUCUUAUAGGACGAUUUGUUCCUUUUGCUGCUGUUGCUUCUGCUAACUGCAUUAAUAUUCCACUAAUGAGACAAAGGGAACUCAAGUUUGGAAUCCCAGUCACAGAUGAGAAUGGAAACAGAUUGGGUGAAUCAACAAAAGCAGCUGAGCAGGCAAUUACCCAGGUGGUUAUAUCAAGGAUUCUUAUGGCUGCUCCUGGCAUGGCAAUUCCUCCCUUUAUAAUGAAUACUUUGGAGAAGAGGGCAUUUUUAAAGAGAUUUCCUUGGAUGAGUGCUCCCAUUCAAGUUGGAUUAGUUGGAUUCUGUCUUGUGUUUGCAACACCCCUGUGUUGUGCACUGUUUCCUCAAAAAAGUUCUAUGUCUGUAACACGCUUGGAGCCAGAACUGCAAGCCAAGAUCCGAGAGAACAGCCCUGAACUAGAACGUGUAUACUUUAAUAAAGGAUUAUAAUUCAAGGAAGGGACAAUAUCUUUCAAGGAGGAUCUCGUGAACUUGUUUUUGAAUUGUGCCAACAUAACUUGUCCUUUUGUUAAACAACUUCAAUCACCUGCAUUAUUUUAUAUUUGAAGACUUUUCUCGAUGUAGUGUUUAAAUUACAAAAGGUCAUUUUGUCCACUUCAGUAUCAAUUAAAAGUUUAACCAUA